AUGCAGAAAGGAAAGAAAUCAUUGGAGAUGGAUUUUUUCUCGGAAUAUGGUGAUGCCAACAGGUAUAAAAUUCAAGAAGUAAUCGGAAAAGGUAGUUAUGGUGUUGUUUGUUCAGCCGUUGACACUCAUACGGGUGAAAAGGUUGCAAUAAAAAAGGUUCAUGGUAUCUUUGAGCAUAUAUCCGAUGCUGCACGCAUUCUUCGUGAGAUAAAGCUUCUCAGACUUCUUCGACAUCCCGAUAUUGUUGAAAUCAAGCACAUUAUGUUGCCUCCUUCAAGUAGGGACUUCAAAGAUAUUUAUGUUGUUUUUGAGCUUUUGGAGUCUGAUUUGCAUCAAGUCAUUAGAGCCAAUACCGACUUAACAAAAGAGCACUAUCAGUUUUUUCUUUAUCAAUUACUUCGAGCUUUGAAGUAUAUUCACACCGCAAAUGUGUAUCAUCGAGACUUGAAGCCGAAGAAUAUACUGGCCAAUGCAAACUGUAAACUUAAAAUCUGUGAUUUUGGGUUAGCUAGAGUUGCUUUCAGUGACACUCCAACAACUGUAUUUUGGACGGAUUAUGUUGCUACAAGGUGGUAUAGAGCACCCGAGCUCUGCGGAUCAUUUUACUCAAAGUAUACUCCGGCAAUUGAUAUUUGGAGUAUCGGAUGCAUCUUUGCCGAAGUAUUAAUCGGAAAACCACUUUUUCCAGGAAAAAGUGUUGUCCAUCAGUUGGAUCUAAUAACGGAUUUGCUUGGAACCCCAUCACUCGAUGCUAUUUCUCGGGUACGCAACGAUAAAGCAAGGAGAUACUUAACAAGUAUGAGGAAAAAACAGCCUGUACCAUUUGCACAAAAAUUUCCCAAUGCGGAUCCUUUAUCACUACGACUACUCGAAAGGUUGCUCGCCUUUGAUCCAAAAGACCGGCCUACUGCUGAAGAGGCAUUAGCUCAUCCUUACUUCAACGGACUGGCAAAAAUUGAAAGGGAACCAUCCUGCCAGCCGAUUACACAAAUGGAAUUUGAAUUUGAAAAGAGAAGAGUAACAAAGGGAGAGAUUCGAGAUUUAAUUUUCCAUGAGAUUCUCGAGUAUCAUCCUCAACUAAAUGGAACGGAGAAGACUAAUUUUCUUUAUCCAAGUGCUGUUGAUCAAUUCGAAAAACAGUUCACUCAUCUUGAAGAAACGGGUGGUAAAAGUGAUCCAGUUGUGCCACUCGAAAGAAAACACGCAUCACUUCCGAGGUCAACGACUGUACAUUCAAAUACAACAUCCGAAAAAGAGCAGUCAAAUAUUGCUUCCAGCAAAAACCGGCAAACAACCGAGGAGUAUAAUACUAGUUAUCCGGAAUCCAGCAACAUUCGGGGACUGCAAAUAAUUCCACUGGACACACCUGGUAAAGUUGUUAGACCACUUGUUCGGUACGGGCAUGAGAGUAUUGUCAAUGAUUCAUACGAUUCCAGGACGUCAAUGAGAGGCAAAACAUAUCCUGCAAUGUUGAAUCAAAACCGGAAUAGCAUCAGAUUUAACCACAAGUAUUGA